CAUUCGCCGGCGAGUGCGUGUGAACCGGUCAAUCCCCCCAUGCUGCUCAGGCCGUCCCUCCCCUUCGCCGUCACUUCCACUCUCCCACUCUGCUCCCGCCUCGCCGCCGUCCGCCGGCGAAGCUCGGUCGCCGCCACCGGCAUGGCAGGAGUCUCCGCCGCCUCUCCCGCCGGAGCACAAAUCGGCAGUUUCCUCUCCAAGAAGCCCUACGCGCCGCCGUCCUGGGCCUCGCACCUCUCCCUCGCCCCUUCCCACAUCUUCUCCCUCGGCCAAUUCCCUACCCCGAUCCACAAAUGGAAUCUGCCAAACCUGCCGGAAGGCACGGAAGUAUGGAUCAAGCGGGACGACCUGUCCGGUAUGCAGCUGAGCGGGAACAAGGUCCGGAAGCUCGAGUUUCUGCUGUCAGAUGCCGUUGCGCAGGGUGCGGACUGUGUUAUCACGGUCGGUGGCAUCCAGAGCAACCAUUGCCGUGCGACGGCGGUGGCUGCCAAGUAUCUCAAUCUUGAUUGCUACCUGAUACUGCGUACUUCCAAGCUUCUUGUGGAUAAGGACCCCGGUCUGGUCGGCAAUCUCCUUGUGGAGAGACUGCUGGGAGCGCACAUUGAUCUUGUUUCAAAAGAAGAAUAUGGGAAAAUUGGCAGCGUGGCUUUAGCUGACUUGCUUAAAAAGAGGCUUGUGGAAGAAGGACGGAAGCCAUACGUGAUUCCUGUUGGUGGAUCUAACUCACUUGGAACUUGGGGAUAUAUUGAAGCAGUAAGGGAAAUUGAGCAGCAAAUUCAGUUAUCUGGUGAUGUUCAGUUUGAUGAUAUCGCUGUUGCCUGUGGCAGUGGUGGAACCAUUGCUGGUCUUGCUUUAGGAUCAAAAUUGAGUAGCCUAAAGGCAAAAGUCCAUGCGUUCUCUGUUUGUGAUGACCCCGAAUACUUCUAUGACUAUGUUCAAGGCCUAAUUGAUGGACUUCAAUCUGGCUUGGAUUCACAUGAUAUUGUCACCAUUGAAGACGCUAAAGGCUUAGGUUAUGCGAUGAACACCACGGAGGAGCUUAAGUUUGUUAAAGAUAUAGCAGCAGCAACAGGCAUUGUGCUUGAUCCAGUCUACAGUGGGAAGGGAGUAUAUGGAAUGCUGAAAGAUAUGUCUAGCAAUCCAGCAAAGUGGAAAGGGCGAAAAGUUCUCUUUAUCCAUACAGGUGGUCUUCUUGGGUUGUAUGAUAAGGUUGAUCAGCUGUCAUCUUUGGCUGGGAGUUGGCGCAGAAUGGAUCUUGAAGAAUCUCUCCCACGCAAAGAUGGCACUGGUAAGAUGUUCUGAUUGAUAUGCUCCAGAAAAAUCUUCAACUAUUGCAGACAUUCAUUUGUCUUAAGAGCAUUUGCUGUGUACUAGUGAUAUAAUUUAAGAAUAAAGAUCAUGUUUAUUCCA